UGAAACUGGAGCCCAGAGGCAGCUGCAGUACAUCUGUCUCGUACCGACACAUGUGGCUUUUGACUUCCAGUGUGAAGUUCAAAAGAGUUUUAUAAUGACGCAGAUGCUUAGGGAUGUAUGUGCAUGUGUUUUAGAGUGUGUGUGUGUGUUUUCUCCUUUGUUGAAGGUGGGGCGGAGGGUAGGUGCGUUGGCAAAGGGCUCUCAUAGGUGCACAGAGGAAUGUGGGGUCUUGAAAGUGACGUGUGGGCAGUGCAGGUGCUACAUGAUGUUGUAAAAAGGAGAUUUAUAAGAUUCAGAUGAGGGUCAUUGAUCUUUGAUCAGUGUUUUUUGUGCUCCUAACUUACCCACAGUGAGAAUAAUUUAAUGCUAUUGUUGACAGAUUUAACUUUCACCCAUUAAAAAAAAGAAUAAAAACAUUCAGCAUCUCUACAUAUGGAAAAUCCGGUGUAUGAAAUACGCAUGCUCCACCUGUUUAUGGUCCUGCAUUGACCUCACAUUCAUCAGAUUGUAAGAGUUGAGUUCAGUGGUGAAAUAAUUAUUAGACUGAAAAGACAACUAAUCAUAAAGAUCAAGAUCACAAUGAGGAUUUAUCUAUUUUUAAUAUCACAUUUGAUGUUUUUGGAUUUAGGUUUUUAGUCUGACCUAACAAGCAGUUAAUACACGUUAUCUUGAAAUUUGUAUUUGUUUUUUUACAUAAUUGUUUUUUUUAAAUAAUUAGAUCAGUACAGGACAUCAGCCAAUUUUUUUUCUCUAAACACAAAAUCUAAAUAAUUUACAGGGAUCGUGUGAAUAAGUGUUAGAUACAGAAGUCUGUGUCGGGUUGUUUUGUGUGUGUGUAGUUUUUCUACUUCGUGCGCAUUGAAACACUUAGAAACAGAUCAAACACCAUUACAGGUGAUUAGAGAGGACCAUUAGUCUGUGUGAUAGCUAAACAUUAGCGGUGGGGGGGACGGUGCACACUGCUCGCCAUUUGUGCCCGAUGCCCCUCGGCGCUUGCAGCAGCAGCAGCACCUGUCCAGCAGCCUGAGCGCACAGGGUCAAGGGGGGGUUGACUGCCGGGAGGCCAGGGCUCAGGGGUCAAAGGUCAUGUUCCAGACAGGCGUGUCCACAUGCUAAUUGAGAACUCAGCUGCGAGAACACAGCUCGCAGGUAGACAACGCAUUUUUAUCCCCUAAUAAUAUAAGUACUAUCCCCUAUUUUUCUGAGCUCAUGGUUUUUGCAAUUUAAUGUACAAGAGGAACAUCUGAGGGUUUGUUUUUAAUACACUCAUGUGACAAUACAUUUGUUUCUAUUACAAAUUAAAGAGUGAGGGUGAGAAGAGGGUAAGAAAAAAAAUCCAAGAGAGUUUUAGUUCUACUUUAGACUACAAAUUUGAUUUAUUUUUAUUAUAGGUGAUUCAGAAGCACACCUCUCUGAGGUCUGACAAUAAUUUACAAAAAUAAAUUAAGUAUAUAAGUAAUAAAAAGUAUGAAAUAUUUUCCAAUAUUUCUAUCAGCAGAUAGAAAGUCUAUCAGCAGUUCGGAAGAAGCUGUGCAAAAUCUACAAUACAAAGUUAAUUCGAAAUUACAAAUGUUGUUAAAUGUGAAACUAGAUGUGUUUUUUUAGUUUGAAUCUUUAUGGAAGGACUUUUGUUUUCUGUCUUCAACACAAGUGUUUCAUAUGUGAGUCAGUGCAGCUAAACUUCUUCUGUUGAUUUAAAUGAUCUGCUCUUCAUCACUUCCAGGCCUCUGGGGCCACUAAUUUAUUUAUACACAUUUUACUAAGUUUUUUUUUAAUGAUAAAGAUUAUUUUGAUGUGGUCUGUGGUGAGGUUAUGGAAUAUUUCCUCCCCAAACAUUAUGAUUAAGUUCAUCUGUCUCCUCUGCACUUUUAUACAUCUGGCUCAUGCGUCCCGGCAGCAAAAAGUCGUUACUGCCCAUUUGUAUUUGGUCAGGAGGCAGGUGUGUGUGUGUGUGUGUGUAUGGGUUACAUGAGAAAUCUCACGACUUAAGACACGAUACGUCUACAAUCCAUUCAUUGAUCUCCAUGGGGGGUAUUUCAGCAGCCCAAAGGCAAAAAAAGAGGUCAAAUAAGAAUAGAAUAGAAUGGGACAGAGGAAGAGGAGGAGGGUGUAUGCACACAUACUUCAUCCUGGUACUGUCUGUUAAAUCCUUUGCGGCUCUAAAUUGUCACAGCUUUGUGUGAUGGGUGUUGUCUUUUAAAUCUAACCUUUAAAGCCCUGUACAGCGUCUCGGUCAGAAAAAUCUCUACACACAAUGUGCAGUUACAUACACUGCUGUUGUAACUGCACAAAAACCUAUUAAAAUUACAUUAUGCAGCAGGUUGGCUCUUCUAGAAACAGGCACAUACAUCAAACUCAUUUUGUAAAUGUUUUGUUUACUCAUGUGUCAAAAAGAUGAAGAGGAAGAAGAUGAAUAGUGGCAAUGAAUGGAUUUUAGUAUGUUUACUUUUCAUCUUUCACAAAAGGGAUAAUAAACUGUGGUUUAAGAUUCAAAGCAACAAAACACAUUGUCUGUCAGUGAAUGUCUGUUCCUAGAAAGACACUUGGAGAUGAGACCUGAUCAUCAUCACAGCACAUAGAGAGUUAUACACACACACACAGACACACAUUUCUGUUUGUUUGUUAGCAGGAUCACUUAAAAAUUAUGGAUGGAUAUGCAUGAAAAUGAUAUCAAAGAAAAGUCUGGGGAUGGCAACAGGUGAUUUAACAUUUGGGGAUUUUUCCUGAAUGAUUCUUCAACAUAGUGACAUAGGUGCGGGAAAGGGAUUUGGGUGAAACAGAAUAUAGUUGGUAUUGCUGAGCUCUUAGUGACUUUGGUGUUGUUCUUACAUUUAAAACAGGACUGAUUUAACGUCUGGAUGUAGCUGGUGAACUGAUCCUCAGUCAGUGAGAACCCGGGAUGUCGGUCAGCUGGUCCAUGAGAACCAGAGGAGGCCCGUGGGCUGCCAUUCUGUCGGGCCGGCCCCAAAUUCACCAGCUGGGUGUGACUUCAUCACUGUGUCUGUGUGUGUGUGUGUGUGUGUGUGUGUGUAUACAUUUUCCAAUGGUGGUGUUUGCAUGUUCAGUCAGGAAAAUCUACACAGUCAUACUGUGUCUUAAAUUCAGGGAUGAAGAAGGACUCAGCGUUUAACUCUCAGGAACAACCGAUGUUAUUCUGAGCGUUUUCCCCUCACAGCAACAAGUGGAUUUCUUCUUUCUUUUUUCACCUUUUUGAUUCAUAUUUCAGAGAAGACGAGCUUGGCACAGCAGAGAAAGUCAUCAGAAAAUAAAUGCACCUGCACCUCGAGGGAGCGAUACCCAGGUCUCACGCUAACAAAUGGCGUCCCAGGAGAGCCAUCUGACCACCACACUCCUGAUCUCCAUCCUGGCAGCGGUGCUGGGCUCCCUGCAGAUCGGCUACCACACCGGCAACAUCAACGCUCCCGCCAAGAUCAUCGAAGAGUUCUUCAAUCACACCUGGAGAGACAGACACAACCAGUCGAUCUCAGAUCACAGUCUGACUCUCCUGUGGUCACUGUCAGUCAGCAUUAAGGACUUUGGAGCCCUGCUUGGUUCACUGGGAGUCAAAUAUGUGGCAGAUUCCUAUGGAAGGCGUAACUCCAUCCUGAUAGUGAACUGUCUCUCCGUGGUGGGGGCGUGUCUGAUGUCCGCGUCCAAAGCCAGCGAGUCGUUUGAAGUUCUCAUCGUGGGACGGUUGGUGUUCGGUCUGUUCUGCGGCCUGGUGAUGAGCCUCAAUCCGCUGUACAUCCAGGAGGUGUCGCCCACCAACCUGAGAGGGGCCUUUGCCACGCUCAACCAGGUGUCCUUUGCCACGGGCAUCCUGGUGGGAAUGGUGGCCGGUCUGGAGACGGCGCUGGGUACAGAGCAUCACUGGGCCUGGAUGCUGUCCCUGUCUCUCGUGCCCGCCCUGACACAGUACCUGGUCCUGCCUUUCUGCCCCGAGAGCCCCAGGUACCUGCUCAUCAACAGGGGCGAGGAGAGCAAGGCAGAGGCCGCUCUGCUGAGGCUGCGCGGCAGAUCAGAGAAGGUGUUCACCGAGCUGCAGGAGAUGAAGGAGGAGGCCGCCCACACUCAUACCGGGGUCACCGUCCACGAGUUCUUCAAGAAGCGCCGCUACAAGCAGCCGAUCAUCCUCGUGCUCAUCGUCAACUUGGGCAGCCAGCUGUCUGGCUUCAACGCGAUCAUCAAUUACUCCACCCGGAUGUUCCAGGCCAACUUUGACCAGGCCAAGUACCUGACUCUGGGCGUGGGGGCCGUCAAUGUGACCUUCACCUUGGUAGCAUUCUUCCUGAUGGAAAGGGCAGGGAGGAGGAGAUUGCUACUGACCGGUUUCAUCUCCAUCGCAGUGUGCAACCUACUAAUGACCAUCGUCGACUCUGUCCUGUACCUGGCCCCGGAGCUGCGGAGUCUGCAGGUCCUGCUGGUUUUCUGCCUGAUUUCCGCCUACGAGCUGGGCCCCGGGCCCAUCUCCUGGUUCAUCGCUGCCGAGCUGUUCGACCAGCCGGGCCGACCCAUCGCCAUGGCCUUCACCAGCAUGCUCAACUGGGGAGGGAAGUUUGUUCUGGCACUCCUCUUCCCUCCACUGCUGAAAAUGUGUGGCGCGUACGUCUACCUGCUCUUCAUGACCGUUGCGCUGCUCGCCUUCACCUUCACUUGGAUUCGCCUGCCUGAGACGAGAGGCCGCACGUUCGACGACAUCGCAGAGGAGUUCCGAGGAGCAGAGGGCAUUCCUUUGCACAACAACGCCGGAUUCAACACUUUCACCUGACGGACCUCUUAGACCUGAGCACGUCUGGUCAUGGUCAUACUGUAUACUGAGUUAUUUCUCGCCAAAAAUAUUCAUCACUGUAAACUUUGUUCAGAAGUAUCUUAAGACUGCAACACUGUCCGGUAUCCAGGGGAACAUUUAUGAAGUUCAGUGCACCCAAAAAACCAAACUCAGCCAUUUGGGCGAACUGACCCUUUAAACCAUUCCAGUGGCUUUGGCAACUGUUGUUUUACCUGGAGGAGAGAGGACAAAGAGAAGGCGUGUGUGUUUGUCAUUAAGAUGCCGACAGUUGAUCUGGUUUUUCGAAUUAUAUUAUAUUUAUCAGAUUGAAAGUGUAUAGUGAUCGAUAUUUAUACUGCAGGUUCUGAGGCAUUUUGUAACCGUCGUAUUGUUACUUUGUGAAGCAAAAGGACCUUUUAUAUUUUCUUCGGGGGCAAACAGCGAACACUUUCUCUUGGUUUAGUUUAUGAGGACUAAAAUUGGAUUUGUUUCUCUCCCUAUCGACUGUGUUUGCAACGGUUUAUUUGACAGCUGGCUUUGUUUUAUAUCACAAACCGCAAAAUGGAGCACGGACAGACUCCAACAAUCAUGGAACAUGUUCCUGUGUCAUUUUCAUGUGAAAUACUUAACAUAUUUAUUUGUCUCACUGGGUUAAUCUGGAAAAAAAAGGACACAUUCUUGCAAAUGCUGGUUUGUGUCACUACCACAUUAUAUCACUGUCAAUUUUGUAAAUAAACAUGUAAAUUCCCAUG